AUGGACCCACCUCAAUUUCAGGGUGGAAAGAGCGAGGACGCUCAUGAGUUUCUAACUACCUGCCGAGAGUUACUAGAGGUGGUUGGAUUAGCUGGGUCACAUGGGGUUCGAUAUGCUACACUCCAGCUUCGUGGGCCAGCGAGAGACUGGUGGAGCACUUAUUUGGGGGUUUUUCCAGUUGGAUCUCCUCUAGUGACUUGGGAGCAGUUUGCUAGUGCAUUCCAAGACUGUUUUAUCCCUUGGAGCGUGAGAGAGGAGAGUCGCUUGAGGUUUGAGAGUCUGAGACAGGAUAGUUUAUCGGUUAUAGAGUAUGAGGCGAGUUUUUCCCAGUACUCUAGGAAUGCGUUAGCCAUUAUCCCAAAUGAGACAGAGAGGAUUCGCAGAUUUGUGAGGGGAUUAACUUUCUCUAUCAGGUCAGCUGUGUUUUGGACAUCUAGGCAGGGGGCUUCUUUCCAAUCCAUUGUGAGCUCCACCAAAGAGGCGGAAUUGAUGGAGAGAGAGGAGUUUGGGGACCCAAAAAGGGGUGGCCAGACAUCUAGGGGUUCUUAUAGACUGGGUCAGGGCUCGUACGAUUCACAACAGCGUCCUACAGGGCGAAGCAAUUAUAGUGGGUUUUCAGGGUCCACACAGAAGUUUCCAGGUCAGAGAAUUUGUUUUACCUGUGGAGAUCCCGAUCACCUAAUGCUGCAGUGUACUUUUCAAAGGGGCCGUGAUGGGCCUCGACCUAAUUCUUCAUUCCAGACUAGACCACCAGCACCACAGGGUAGAGGUCGUGGCAGAGUUCAGUCAGGUGGAGGUGAUAGAGUUUCUAGUAGUGGUGUUUCAGCUCAGCAUAGUGGGGGUAGAGGUACUACCCAGGCUGGAGGUGGAUGA